AUGGCCACAGACUUCAAAUCCUUACCAGUCAUCGACAUUUCUCCUCUACUACUCAAGUGUGAUGAUCCCGACAUGGCAGAAGAUACCGGCGUGCUUGAAGUUGUCCGGCAACUGGAUAAAGCUUGUCGGGACGCCGGAUUCUUCUACGUGAUAGGGCAUGGAAUUUCGGAGAGUCUUAUCAGUAAAGUCAGAGAGAUCACUCGUGAGUUCUUCAAGCUUCCUUACGAAGAGAAACUUAAGAUCAAGAUGACUCCAGCUGCUGGAUACAGAGGAUAUCAGAGAAUUGGAGAAAAUGUAACCCAGGGAAAACCAGAUAUUCACGAAGCCAUUGAUUGUUACAGAGAGUUUAAGCAGGGGAAGUAUGGUGAUACAGGAAAAGCCAUGGAAGGGCCAAACCAGUGGCCAGAGGAUCCUCAAGAGUUCAAAGAAUUGAUGGAAGAGUAUAUUAAGCUCUGCACAGAUCUUUCUAGAAAGAUCUUGAGAGGAAUUGCAUUAGCUCUUGGUGGAUCACCUUAUGAGUUUGAAGGAAAGAUUGCUGGAGAGCCUUUUUGGGUGUUUCGUCUUAUCGGCUAUCCAGGUGCUCCCUUCGCAAAUGGCCAGCCUGAAAAUGAUAUCGGAUGUGGAGCUCACACUGACUAUGGCUUGUUAACUCUUGUAAACCAAGAUGAUGACAAGACUGCUCUCCAGGUGAGAAACUCGGGAGGCGAUUGGAUAUCAGCCGUUCCCAUACCUGGAUCAUUUGUGUGCAACAUCGGAGACAUGUUAAAGAUACUUUCAAACGGAGUUUAUGAAUCCACACUUCAUAGAGUGAUCAAUAACUCUCCUCUAUACCGUGUCUGCGUUGCAUUCUUCUACGAGACGAAUUUUGACGCGGUGGUGGAGCCAUUGGAUAUUUGUAAAGAGAAGUAUCCUGCAGAGGAAGGAUCAAAAGUUUUCAAAAGAGCCGUCUAUGGAGAGCAUCUUGUGAGCAAAGUCCAAACCAACUUUGCAAUGUAA